AUGGAAGAGGGAGAGAGCCUUGAAGCGCAGCUUUGCUCGGUCACCAUGCGUGGAUCUCAUCUGGUGGAGGAGAAGAAUGGAUCCCGGGGGGGAUACACACACGUAGGAAGCAAAGCAGUCCACUUCUAUCGAACCCAACCGAUAAUGACACCCAAAGUGAAGGGGGAAUUCCCGCUUCAGAACGAAGGCCAUCAGCAGUAUAAGAGCCCAGGAAACGCGAUAAUCGCGAGGCUGGCAGAGACAAGAAGCUCAUCUUUUUUGGGUCGUGGCCAACUCAUCCAAGGCCGUACCUUACUUAAGUUUCAGUGA